AGGGAGGAGGGGGCGCGGGGCCUUUUCCCGCCACUGCGCCGGCGCCAUCUUGUCUCCUUCACGAACUGAGGGUGCUCUGAUGCUGGCUGCUUUGACACGGCCCAGCUGGUGUGAGGUACAGCAGGUAACAAUAUUUAACAGCUUCUGAGGUGAGAAUAUUACCCUGUCUUGGAGGGAUGCUAAGUUUCAGGUAAAGAAUGGCUCAUUCUCGUUCAGCACGGGACUUCGUUGCACUUUCAGAUCUGCAUCCAAACCUCGCUCGUCCUAAUGUAAUCGGGGUGGUUAUUGGGAAAACAGAUGUCAGAAGCUUUCCAGACCGAAAAAACAUUGGCACUGAGAGAUACACCUUCAAUUUUACCAUUCGUGACUCCCCAACUUACUUCAUUAACGUCCAGUCCUGGGGCAGAGAAGAAUACAUCAGAUCCCUCUCAGAAAGCUUCAGGGUUGGUGACUGUGUUACAAUCGAAAAUCCUUUAAUUCAGUCAAAGGAAGCAGAAAGAGAAGAAAAAUUCAACCCUGUAACUCCUAGUGGCUACAAAUUAUUGCUCAGUGAAAACCACUCUGUGGUUAAAACCUCUUCCUGCUACGACACAGACACCAGGCUCCUGGCUCUGCUGCACCUGCCUGUCAAGGACCCUCAGGAUUAUUAUUCCCUGGGGGACAUCGUGGCAAAUGGACAAAGCCUCCAUGGGAGAGUCCUCAACGUGCUGGCAGCUGUGAUGGCAGUUGGGGAGCCAAAGUAUUUUAUGACUUCAGACAAAAGGAAAGGCCAGAGGUGUGAAGUAAAGCUGUAUGAUGAAACAGAGAGGUCUUUCCCAAUAGUAUGCUGGGAUAAUGAAUCCAUCCAGCUGGCACAGAGUUGGAUUCCCCAAGAAACAGUUAUAUUUGCAUCAGAUGUGAGAAUCAAUUUUGACAAAUUUAGGAACUGCAUGACUGCAACUGUGAUAUCCAAAACCAUCAUUACAACCAACCCAGAAACAGCAGAAGCAAAUGUUCUCUUCAGCUUCAUCAAAGAGAGUGCCCAGGCAGGAGCUCUGCCCAGCCCUGUGAAGGAGCUGCCAAAUGAAAGCAUUAACUUGGAGGCUGUAGUGGAUGUCUACACAGUGGAACAGCUGAAAGAAAAAGCUCUCCAGAGUGAUGGGAAGCUGGAGCCUCUCCAUGGAAUUAUUUAUGGCUACAUUUCCACCCUGGACAUCGACGAGAACGUGUCCAGAGUCCUGCGCAACAGAUGCUCAAUCUGCCGGUUCAUCGUGAAUGAAGUGUCAAACACCUGCACCUUCUGCAGCGACGUCCCUCCAGAGGCCAGGUCCACCUUUGCCAGCUUUGACAUCCUGGUGGAUGUGACAGACCACACAGGCACCCUGCACUCCUGCUACCUGUCUGACUGUGUCGCUGAGGAAACCCUGGGCUGCACAGUCCAUGAAUUCCUCAUGCUGGAAGAAGACCAGAAGACUGCACUGAAAUGGCAACUCCUCUUGGAACGAAGCAAGAUUUACUUCAAAGUUACAUCAUCACCCAAUUGGAGAACUGGAUUAAAAGUGAAUCUUCUUUCCUGCAAACUGGCAGAUCCCAUAGAGGCGAGUCAGAGCUUGUUGGGAAGAGACUGGAAUUAUUAAUAAAUGCUAGGAAAGGCUUCCUUCACUCUGUUGUUAGAGAUGGAAUUCUGCUGUAGUUGGGUUUUGCCAAGUCUGUUCUGAUGGUAAAGGAGGAGUGCACGUUACAAUACCUCUAAGUGGGCUUCUGAGUUCAUAUUUUUGGGUGAUUGUACUUUAAAAAUUGUACUUGGGCCUCAGCUUAAAUGUUAAUUCAACCCCUUUCAAGGGGGCUGGAAGAUUUCCUCACUCAGCUGAGAUCUUUGAAAAAAUCAGAAAUAACAAAUGGGUUAAAAGAGAUCUGUUGAACUUCUGUGGUUUUAACUGCUUUGCUGUUUUGUGUUAAAGAAAUAAAGACCCCCCCCUUAAAACAC